AUGACGGCCCAGCCAGAGGACAAGGCCUCAGCAGGCCCCACGGACCGGGAGAGACUAAUCCCAUCACAGGCGAAUGGAGCUGGUGAGACCCCCUUAAGGGUCCUUGGGACCCCAGAGUCACUCCUUCGCCUUCAGAGGACAUGGGGGGUGUGGCAGAUCCCAGAGCUGGAUGCCCACAGUGCGAAAGCCCUUCUGGACCUGUGGCCACCAGGGAGUUUCCUGGUCAUAGGACAUGAUCCCAGACAGGUCCUGGUGUUGAAGACAGGACCUUCAUCAGGGGAAGUCAACACCUACCAGAUCCAGAAGCUUCCUGGAGGUGUGUGUCUGGAAUCCUCUAAGCUCUGCAUGCCAGAUCUGCCCCAUCUCCUGGCCUUCCUAUCAGCCAGCAGGGAUAUUUUGCCUAGAACAUUGCUCUUGCCCCCUCCUACCCUGAGGCCUGAAGACCAAAACACAGAUCCUCUGCAGAUUGACAGCAACCAACUCAACACCUCAAGGAGGGUGGUCUUCCUGGUGAACAAGCUCUACCUGGAGACCCACAGAGGAUGCGGGAUGGAGCAGACCCUGGCAGAGACAACUCCAGAGACUGCGGAGAGACACGGUCCAGCCCCCAGGAACCCAGCCCCUCACCGUGUCUCCUGGGUGGAAGGCCCACUCAGCCCAGAGGAACACCAUCUUAGGCCAGCUCUGGCCAGCCUGGUGGAGGAGAAGGAGGAAAAGGAGGAGGAGGAUGACCAAGAUGAUGAAGAAGGACCUGAGGACAUGCUCACUCAGCACGUCCGGGCUCUAGCCAGGGCCCGGAGCAGCUACGUGGCCAAGCAGUUCCGGGGCUUCCGGGCACGCCUCACCUCAGAUGCUGGGGGCCCCCACAGGCCUGGGGACCCGGCCACAGAGCUGCUUCAGGACGUCCGGCACCUCCUUACUGACCUCCAGGAUCAUUUAGCAAAGGAUCCCGAUGUCAGGGCUGUCUUCGCAAGCAGGGGGCCUGAGGCCCCCCAGAAGGAGGAGGAUCUAGGCCCCGCAGUGGAGGCGGCCUUGUACCGCGCGGUGCUGGCGCCUCUGAAGCCCGCCCUGUGGAUGCGACUCCGCACGCUCCGCGCCUCACAGCUGCGGCAACUACGGCGGCGACAGGUAGCCCUGCGGGCGGAGGCGGGGCCUCCGGGAGCCCAGGGGGCGGGGCGUGAGAGGCGAAGCCCCGCCCCCGCCCUACGGAGCCGCAUUCAUAAGCGCCUGGCGCACCUCCACGCGGCCUGCGUCCCGCGCCGCAAGGUGUCGCUCCUGCUGGCGGUGUGCAGUGACGUCUACGAGGGUCUGGCCCGUGGGGAGAACCAAGAGCCCCUGGGGGCCGACGCAUUCCUGCCAGCGCUGACAGAGGAACUGAUCUGGAGUCCAGACAUUGGGGAGACGCAGCUGGACGUAGAGUUUCUCAUGGAGCUCCUGGAUCCGGACGAACUACGGGGAGAAGCCGGGUACUACCUGACCACGUGGUUUGGGGCGCUGUACCACAUUGCCCACUACGAGCCUGACACGGCCCGCGCGCCCAAGGGCCUCAGCUCUGAGGUCCGAGCCUCCCUGCGCCAGUGGCACCGCAGGCGGACCCUGCACAGACAGAGCCCCACCGGGGACCAGGCCAAGCUGCCCUUUGAGGAACCAUGGGCGAUAGAGAUUAUGCGAGAGACCAAUGAUUAG